GCUGAAUGCUGCUAACACGCUAGCAGAGCAGAGAUAAACUUAUCUGCAACUAACCUGCUCCUCUUUACUGACAAGAUAGUUCCAAGUGCACGGCAGCGCCAGUGACUCUCAGAAUGGAUCUGGAAGAUGACACCACAGUGUUAACAACCUUGAAGUCCUUCAAUUCCUUCAUCAGCCGCUCUGAAAAUCCACAGCGGCUGUCAGAGCCCUCAGCAGGGAGUGGAAACCUGCAGAGUCAGUACAAGCGCAGCUUGGAGCUUUUGGAAGCAGCAGAGAGAGUUCAGUCUAAGAAUCGGUACCUGCAGUUGGACCAGGAGAAGAAACAAAUGGAGCUGAGUCACAAGCGAGCUCGUUUUGAACUUGAGAAGGCAGCUUCUGACAGCGCACGAGACUUGGAGCAUGAGGUGGACCGAAAUCAGGAACUUUUGGGACGGAUAAAAAAGUUGGAGGAGAGAGAGACAGAAACGACCAAGAAUCUGUCGGAUCAGAUGGAGGCAAAUCGUGCUCUCCGUAAGAACCUGGAGGGUCUGAACAAGAAACUGGAGGAGCGAGAUACCAAACUGAAUACAGCUAAUCAGACCAUCAGUUCUUUGAAGGAUGAGAUCAGAGAGCUGAAGCAGACGAUUCAAAAUCAAGACUUGACAAUUUCUACUCAAACCCUGGAAAACCAGGAGCUGCAGGAACAGCUCGAUUUACAACGCAGGAAGUAUCAGGAAGUCUCCCAACUUUGCCAAAGUCUCCAAGCUGCCCAGUCCUCUUGCUCAGAGCACAUCAUCAAGAUUAAGGAGUUGGAGAGGCGUCUUAACCUCCAGGAGCAAGAUAUUGCCAUUGUGAAGACUGUUAAGUCAGAGGUGGCCAGAGUUCCAGAUCUGGAAAAGGAACUGAAGCGCCUCAGAGAGGAUAAUAGCUUUCUCAGGGAGAGUAGAGAGAACUGCAGCCUGUUGAAGGAGGAGGUGGAGGGAUUACGGAGGAAGCUGGAGAGGAUGGAGAAAACCAAAGAAGAGCUGGUUAAUAUGGAACUGGAGAAAGAGAGGCUUGCUGAGAAGCUCCAAGCCUGGGAAAACCUCGGCCAGUCUACUGGACUCAACAUAAGGAAACCAGAGGAUCUGUCCAGGGAGGUGAUUCAGAUCCAGCAGAGAGAAAUUGCUCUGAAAGAGCAGAACUACACGCUCAACAGCCGAGUGAGGAGUGUGGAGCGCUCGCAGUCUGAGCUUCGUGCAGAGCUGACCCAGCAGCGCAGCAAGACUCUGGAGGAGCAGAAGAAGAGAGAGACACAGGAUGCGCUCGUCCGUCGACUACAGAAGCGAGUGCUGUUGCUAACCAAGGAGCGUGAUGGAAUGCGUGCCAUACUAGAGUCCUAUGACAGCGAGCUGGCGCCUACUGAGUACUCUCCUCAGCUCAACAAACGACUCAGAGAGGCAGAGGACAUACUGCAGAAAACACAAAGCUACAAUGCAGAGAUGGAGGGCCAGCUGACCAAAGCACAGGAGGAGACAGGAGCACUUAAACUGCAGCUACAAACA